AUGCGAAGAAGUGAAGCGGCGCUCAAGAUCUUGGGAUACGCCACGCAGUUUAUCGAUGAGUUGAAUAAGAGUGUCGGAGGUCUCAUUGGGCGUGGCGGCGCUGGCACCAAGGAGGCCAUGGCUGCCAACGUAUACCAAGAGAUCCACUUGGCGACAACGACGCGGCACCGUCGGAACUUCACGUCGGGCAUUGCUGACCAGAUGCGGUUUUCAGAGCCCAUCCAGGUGCAGAUGCUCACGGGAACCAAGAUCGGCAUCCGUGAGAUCCCUGAUGACCCGGACAACCGCUCACUCAACAUUGCCGCUCGGGGGCAUUUUUUUAUUUGUUGUUGCACAGCCGAUGAUUGGGCAUGGGGUGUGUACAAUAUAUAUAUAUGGUUUUUGUUGGUUGUUCAAUCGCACAUGUUUAUAUUUACAUACGUACGUACAUACUAUUCAACUAUUAUAUUGUUGGUAAGGCUAUAUUUUGAUGAGCGGAGCUGGGGCUGGUGGAGAUUUGAAAAGGGAUUACUCUCCGGUGUUGAAGGUGGGAAUGUGGUUUAUCAUGCCUCGGCUCAGGCAUCAUGA